UGGAACCAGCCUCAAGUGGACGUUAGAGGAACUGCAGUGUUUGGCUGGUUUGGAGGUUGAUGAUUGGUCCUUCGUGUCUCUACAGGAGCUCAGAGUGGACAAAAUAAACAUUGUAUUUAUAUUCACUUUAAUUGAAUUUAAAGGUCCGGUGUGUUACUGCCACAUGAAUACUCUCGCCUCACUCUCUGUGAACUGUGAUAAAAACAUUUCCAGGUGCAAAGCAGAACGGACAGACUACAAGUCCCAGAAUGCCUUUCUGUGACGUAAUCACGCAGAGGCGGGGCGUGCAUAUUUUCGCUGCCCAUAUUUUAUUUACAACAUUUAUUUAAUUAUUUUGUUUCCGCUGCUCUCUCACCUGCGUGAUGUAAUCAAUGCGGGAGGCUCACCGCGUCACGAGCACCGCAGCUACAGUCACGCACACACAGACACGCACACACCCGCAGCAGCAGCGUCACACAAUAGACACGGAGAACAAUAGCCGCGCGCUGCAUCCACAACAUAUCCCACUGCGUUAAUGUGCGGGAUGUGCGGGAUGUGCGGGGCAGGAGGCGCGUAACCGCGCGUGGACGUUAGAACGUGAAAUAAGACAUAUGCGGUGAGGAAGCCCCGCGGGAGGAAGAGAGGAGGAACACGCUGUAACGUGCGGGAGAGGGAGGGAGGGAGUCACGCACAGAGAGAGAGAGAGAGAGAGAGAGAGAGAGAGAGAGCAGUGAAUGGGCUUCAGCUCUUCUUCAUCGAUCAUCGAUCAGUUCGGUUCGACUCGUUCCCGCGGUGCGGGGUGUCCGGUGUGUCCGGUACCGGAGCCGCAGGAUGGGUCGCGUGUGACGCCGCAGCAGCGCGCGGACACAACAAGGAAGCGACGGCUAGCUGAGCUGAGCUAACUGUGGCUAACUGUGUUUCUCAUGAGAGAGCCGGGAGCAUGCGGCCGGAGACCGAGAGCUGACUUGUUAGGGGAUGUCGGGCAGUAAGGCGCUGGGCGGGGGGGCUGGUGGCGGCGCAAGGCGCAGGCGGACGCGGUGCCGGCGCUGCCAGGCCUGCAUGAGGACGGAGUGUGGAGAGUGUCACUUCUGUAAGGACAUGAAGAAGUUCGGAGGACCUGGCCGGAUGAAGCAGUCCUGCCUGCUGAGACAAUGCACGGCGCCCGUGCUGCCUCACACGGCGGUGUGUUUUGCGUGCGGCGAGGCGGGGAAGGAGGACACGGUGGACUCGGAGGAGGAGAAGUUCAGCCUGUCUCUGAUGGAGUGCACCAUCUGUAACGAGAUCAUCCACCCAAGCUGCCUCAAGAUGGGGAAGGCUGAAGGAAUCAUCAACGAUGAGAUCCCGAACUGCUGGGAGUGUCCAAAGUGCCACAAGGAGGGCAAAACCAGUAAGGAUCAGGCGGACGGCUCCGGUAAACGGCGGCUGGAUAACGGCGAGGUCGGCCGCUGGAAGCUCACUGAUGACCCGCCCCCUAAAAAGAAAGCCCCGCCCUCCCUGGAGGAGGUGGGGAGGACCGAGGGGGGACACAAGAGGAAGAAGGAGAAGGAGCUGCCGGGGAGAAGGGAGGAGGAGGAGAAGGUGAAGGCUGCUCAUGAGAAGCGUCUUAAAAAGAAACCCAAACAGGAGGCGGUGGAGGCGAACGGUCCCACCUCAUCAGCCGGAGAAGGAGCCGGAGGACUGCAGGGCUCCUCCUCGACCACUUCCUCUCAGCCCGGAGGAGGAGGCGGUGGGGGAGGCGCGGGGGGGACAUCGAGCGCCGACCAGCGCUCCCAUCACAGAGAGAAGCUAGAGCGCUUCAAGAGGAUGUGUCUGCUGGAGCGCCGGCCCGAGUCCUCCUCCUCCUCCUCCUCCAGCUCCGAGUCCGACUCUGAGUCUGACUCUGACGACUCCCUGAGGGGGGAGCAGGCCGGGGGCUCCUCGCCGUCAUCGUCCUCACCCGCCCCACCUCCUCCUUUCGUCUACGGCAACAGCAGUGGAGGCCGGGCAGAGAGAGAGAGGAGUCGCAGCGAGCGAGAGAGGGAGCGGGAGAGGGAGCGACGCCUCGCUGAGCUUGGGUUCAGCGCCAGCGAGGAGUCGGAGGGGGAGGGAGGAGAGAGGGGGGCUACCUCCACGAGGACGCAAAGGAGUCUGCUUGGGACGGAGAGGAGGAGGACCACGCCCGACUCCGACCGGACCCAAAAAACUCCACCUCCCUCCCCCCGCCCUCACCCCUCUCCUCCAAUCAGAUGCCUCCUCCUCACAGCACGACGGCUUCACGGGAAGCAGCGCAGCAACGGGCAGGAGGCGCGCAACGACGGACACGAGGAGGGACGGGAGGGGGGAUGGAGGGCGGGGAGAAGGAGAACGCCAGCGGCGUUACUGACCAAUCACAGACACAGUGGGGGAGGAGGGGGCGGGACCAAAGGCAGACGGGAGCCGCAGCAACAAGUAUCCGUUAGCAGACACAAGAACCAGGCGUCCAGGAACAACACCUCCUCCUCGCCUCCAUCCCCACUCCAAGGGGGAGGAGAGGCGGAGGCGGCCUUAAUGAUUGUUCAGCAAUGGCGGCGUCUCCGUGCUCACAGCCGUCCCGCCUUGCGCACGCGCUCGCAGAUGAUGAAGCGCAGUCCGCCGGCCGUGCCGUCGCCGCCCUCCGGGCCCGUGCAGAUGGAGCGACACCGUCGCCCGCCGCCCACCUGCCCCCGAGCCCAGCUGCCGCCGCUCGACUGCUCCUCCCACAUCAUGACACGUGACGUGUGGCUGGCAGUGUUCACUCCCUGAGCCAGAGAGCAGUCUGUGCGUCAUGCAUGAGGGGUCUGCCGCACCUGGAGCCGCUGGUGUUGUGACAAACAUUUGUGGACUCAGAUUGUGAGCCGGCAGCGCUCCAUCACCCACCCCACAUGCUGAGUGGUAUCAAUCCGCGUCAGCCCGUCUCCCUCAACCGGCUAUACCAACAUCUCCAAAAAACAGCUGAUGUGGCUCAUCAACCGCUUGCAAGGUCUGUUGGAGCUGAAUGUGUCGGGGUGUCCGUGGCCGGCAGUGUCGGCUCUGUGUCAGGCCGUCUGUCCCUGUCUGAAGCUGCUGGACCUCAGCAGGGUGGAGGACCUUAAAGACUCACACCUGAGAGAGCUGCUGGCCCCCCCUCCUGACACCAGGACAGCUCAUGGUGAAACCAGAGUGGGGCGUUUUCAGAACUUGAUGGAGCUGCGAUUGGCCGGUUUGGACCUGACGGAUGCGUCGUCUCGUCUGUUGGUGCGUUACGUUCCUCACCUGACCCGGUUAGACCUGAGCCAGUGUGGCAACGUCACCGACCAGACGGUGCACACCCUCACCUCACCUAUCUCCCCUCUGAGGGAGACCCUCACCCACAUCAACCUGGCAGGUUGCGUGAAGGUGACGGAGCAGUGCGUCCCGUUGUUGCGCCGUUGCUCCUCUCUGCAGACAGUCGACCUGCGCUCCUGCUCCCUCCUCUCCUCUGAGACCGGACAGCUGCUCUCCUUCCCCUCCCAUGCUUCCUCCACCACCUCCUCCACCACCACCACCACCGUCGCUGCUUCAUCAUCUUCGUCCUCUUCGUCUACGUCGGCCUCCACCUCCUCCUCCUCCUCCUGUCCUCCUGAAGAUAGAACGCUGCUAAAGAACAGCUAAAGUCCUCGUGUCAUGUGACACCUGAGUCCAGAUGGCCUGCAAGCGCCGCCUCCUUCCUCAUUACACUACAGACAGGUGAGGAGGAGCAGGAGGUGGAGCAGGAGGAGGAGCAGAAGGGGGAGCAGGAGGAGGAGGAAGAACCUGUGCAACAUUUCUCCUGAUGUUAGAAAAAGUUUUGUUUUGUCGGCUAGGAUGGUGACCACAAUGGAGGAGGAGGUCAUGAUGGAGGAGGAGGUCAUGAUGGAGGAGGAGGUCCUGAUGGAGGAGGAGGUCCUGAUGGAGGAGGAGGUCCUGAUGGAGGAGGAGGUCCUGAUGGAGGAGGAGGUCAUGAUGGAGGAGGAGGUCACGAUGGAGGAGGACAUUGUGGGCAGUUGUCGGUAAUAGUAAAAUAGAAACCUGAGCAUGUACAUAUUCGUUCUCUGUACAAUUCUGGGUGUGUGUAUAUAUCUGUAGUUUACUGUAAAUGACCUUUAACCUUUGAAACUCACCCCAACACUCCUUCCUUCCCUCCAACGACCAAUCAUCAUGCAGACAUCCACCUGCUCGUCAGUCGCUGCAGAACAGGGAACUUGAUGAAUCCAGGUGUAGCUGCUGUGGUCUGAGAGGUGAUGACUCCGCCCCCUGCCAUGCCCCGCCCACACAGGAAGUCAUAACCUCUGACAGUUUUAGGCUAACAGUUUCCCUCUGCUUCCAGUCUUUGUGCUAAGCUAGGCUAAACGCCUCUGGUUCCAUUCUGUCACCUGAGCGUGGGCGGAGUCAAACACACCCUGCUCACCUGUUAGUGAUGUCACUCAGUCGACACACAACUCCGACCGUCAGAACUGAACACCGCGCGUGUGUGUGUGUGUGUGUGUGUGUGUGUGUGUGUGCGUGUGUGUGUGCGUGUGUGUGCGUGUGUGUGUGUGUGUGUGCGCGUGCCUCAGUGUCUUCAACAUUCGCCUCAAUCACUCGUCCUCCAUCUUUGUUUUUUUUAUACCUGCUCUUCAUCGUCUGUCUCUGUCACCUCGGUCGAUGGACCUGAUUGGUCGAUGGACCUGAUUGGUCGACGUGUCGUUGUGUUUUCUCAGGAGUUUUUUUCGUUUCUUUGAUUCAGGUUUUUUUAAUUUAUUCGUGCAUCAUCAGUCUGAACAUUCCCGCUCUUCGUCUUUACACUCCUCCUCCUCCACGGCGUUCUUGACGUGACGUUUUGAAGCUACGGAAGCUCGUUAGUGCCAAAAAAAAUAAAACAAGAAGAGAAGAUUUGUGACGUCGUUCAGUUUUCAUGUUUGUUUGUUUUGUGGCUUCAGCGAGCUUCCGUAGUUUCCUGUCAGGAUCGUCGUUGUUUAUGAUUUAUCAAGACAUCACUUCCUGUGACGUUUGUUUUCAUUGGCUGUCUGUCAUGUGAUGCAGUGGCACUGAGGGAGGGGGGCGGGGUGAGCUCCAUCGUGAUGUCGUAACUUUCAGACAAAUCAACCAAUCAGACGAUAAGUUUCAUCAGGUUGAGGUCAGGUGACGCAGUGCCUCCGUUAGCAUGUUUUACGUUAGCUAGGUGGUCAGUUUGUCGCAGGGAUUGUUGCGUGACCUCUGCUGCACUGAACUCUGGGAAAAAUAUGGAACCACCGUUUAGAGAGAGCGGGAAAACGGCUAACAUUAGCUAAUUAAGAUUUGGUUUUUAACAAGCUGUGCGGUUAGCACAUACGUUAACUGAGCUAACAGGAAAUGCUAGCUAACUAGUGUUAGCCAUGUUAUGCUAAUGAGUCAAUGUAGAUCAUUAUCAAGCUAUGCUAACAUUAGCUCGUUAGCUCAGUCCUCACAGACAGUUAAAACAAGCUAACGGGCUCGUUCCAUGUUAGCUUGUGCUUUAUUGUUCAACGUCAAACUGAGGAAGGAAACCGCGUUGACGUGACGUUGACCUGACGUUGACGUGACGUUGACCUGACGUGACGUUGGCGCUGACGUGACAUUGACGUGACGCUGACGUGACGUAGACCUGACGUUGACCUGACGUUGACCUGACGUUGACCUGAUGUAGACCUGACGCGACGUUGACCUGACGUGACGUUGACCUGACCUGACGUGACGUUGACCUGAUCUGACGUAGACCUGACGUAGACCUGACGUUGACCUGAUGUAGACCUGACCUGACGUUAACCUGACGUAGACCUGACGUUGACCUGAUCUGACGUAGACCUGACGUAGACCUGACGUUGACCUGAUGUAGACCUGACGUUGGCGUGACGUUGACCUGACCUGACGUUAACCUGACGUAGACCUGACGUUGACGUGAUGUAGACCUGACGUUGACGUGACGUUGACCUGACCUGACGUUGACGUGACUUUGACCUGACGUUGACGUGACUUUGACCUGACGCUGACGUGACAUUGAUGUGACGUUGACGUGACGCUGACGUGACAUUGAUGUGACGUUGACCUGACGUAGACCUGACGUUGACC